UUGAUUAAUCCACCGCGCAUCCGGGAGGCACGUCUUUGUUUCAUCGCCUCCGACAUAUCCCCGAGCUCCAUGUUCGCGUAUUCCCGUUGAGAAUGGAUCCAUUUGGCAACAGAAGGCCGAUCGCUUACUUGACGCGGAAGGCGCAGAUAUCCUGUUGCCAUCGCCUGAACAGCCUGUCCCUAAGUGAUGAAGAGAAUAAACGUGUGUUCGGAAAAUGCAACAACAAGCAUGGCCAUGGUCACAAUUAUACCGUGGAAGUAACCGUCCGUGGACCCGUGGAUUCAUCCACAGGGAUGGUUAUGAACUUGGAGGACCUGAAAGACUGUAUGCAAAAGGUGCUGAUGGAUCAGAUGGAUCAUAAAAAUAUAGACAAGCAAGUAGAUUAUUUCAGAGACACUGUCUCAACGACCGAGAACGUCGCUGUUUAUAUAUUCGAUGAGCUAAAGACGCACAUGUCGAACCCCGAAUUGCUGUAUGAAGUUAAGGUCCAUGAAACUGAUAAGAAUGUCAUGUGUUUUAGAGGGGAAUACGAUUAAACUACAUUUCCUUAA